ACUGUGCUGCCUAUUCACUCUCUGAAGAUGCCUCUUCAAAACCUCACACAACCCACCUAUCACCAACCACCCAGUAACUCACAAGAUAACUUACAAGGCUUGUUCAGUAUGGUGCAUGGUUACUUGGGAAUCGUGCAACCCAACAGUUUCCCAAAAGAUCUCCUGACAUAUGUGAUCAGGCAUCCAGAUUUCCUUCAAAACCAGACAGUGUAUAAAGAGAUGCUGAAGUAUGAGACGGGCUUCCUGGUUUGUACUGUCAUUGGCCUUCUGUUCAUCGUCCUUGUGCCUCUAGUGGGCUUGUAUUUCUGUUGCUGCCGCUGCUGUGGACAUUGUGGAGGUUUCAUGUACCAGAAGCAGAAUAAGCACACUGUCUGCAAGAGACAGACUCUUUUUUGCUUUCUGCUGGGCAUCACUGCUGUUCUUCUGGCUGGAGAUAUAUGUGCCUAUGUCAGCAAUCAACGUAUAUCCCAGGGUCUAGGGAGUGGUUUUGACAUUUUCAACAAAACAGUGAGCAACCUGAAUGUUUAUCUGAAUUCUAUACCUCAGGAGAUUAAUGACAUCAUCACGUCUAGUAAAGUGCCACUGGAUCAGGUUAAUGUGAGCUUGUGGAAUAUUGGUGAUACCUUGGGGAGCAAGAUCAAGGAUAAAUUAGGUGGACGAACAAACAAAGUAUUAGAUACAGCUGAGCAGCUUCUUCAAGACAUUCAGAGCAUAGACCAGGAACUCCAGGAAGUCAACCAGACUGGUGCUCGCUUGCAGGAAAUACAAAAAGAGCUGAACAAAAAACUGACUGACCUGAGAACCGAGAUCAAUGCCACUCUGGAAGAAUGUGGCAGCUCCUGUGGGGAAGUGUCCGUAGAGAACCUGACGCCUGAAGCCAAUUUUGAUACGAUUCCUGAUGUCAGCCAUCCGCUUAAUUUGAUAUCUGAUCUGACACGUUUAGAUCUCAACAGUACUCUAAUAAAGGCAAGAAAUUUCGUGAAAGAGAUACCACAGAAAGUCUCUAAUCAAACCAAAGAGGAGGUGUCUGAUAUACAGGAUAUACUUAACGAAGUCAAGAAGGGAAUUAAUGCAAUCAGUGAUAAGUUUCACACGCUGGUCUCACUGAAGAAUAUCACUGCAUUCAUGGAAAAUCUUGUAAAGAAGGCAAAUGACUACAAGCCAGUUGUGGUCCAAUAUGAUGGCUACAGGUGGGGUGUUGGCAUCUGCCUUUGCUGCCUGCUGCUUGUAAUAAUUGCAUUCAAUGUGUUGGGUCUUUUGCUUGGUAGUCUUGGGCUAGAUCCACAUGGAAUGCAAUGGCCUACCAAACGGGGCUGCCUCUCCAACACCGGUGGAAACUUCUUUAUGGCGAGUGUUGGAUUCAGCUUUAUAUUUUCAUGGUUGCUGAUGUUGCUGGUUCUACUGCUAUUUUUAGUUGGGGGCAAUUCAUACACGUUGGUGUGCCAGCCUUGGUCUAAUGGAAUUCUUCUUCAGUAUCUGGACACAUCUGGAUUGUUCCCUGAAUUAAAUGUGAAGAAGGUCAUGAAUAUGAAGGGUUCUGAUGUAAACCUGACCAGCAUAUACAAAAAUUGUGAAGACAAUGCACCCUUGUGGAGUACCCUUCACCUAUACGAGACCAUUUCUUUGAAUGACACCUUCAACAUCAGCAAGUACACUCAAGACAUUGAUUCAGCCUUGAAUAAAACAAAAAUCGAUAUUGGCUCUAUUGAACUUCUGAAGGAUGAACAAAAAAACAACUUGCUGAAACUGAGUUCAAAAGAUGGGCCUCUGAAUGUGGAUUUUAACAGUACUCUUGAACAACUUAACCAGAAUCUGACCAAACAAGACCUGAAUGUCUUGGCUAAUAAAUUGGAAAAACUGGCAGAAAGAACAACUGGUAACACAAGUCGCAAUCUGCAACAUCAAGCUGCUGAGUUGAAGAACAUCCAAGAUUGGAUAAACCUCAAAUUUCCUCCAGAAAUUCAAAACUUGAAGAGAAGCAUCCAGAAGUUACAGAAAUCUGCACCUCAAAUUCCAAAUCUGAUAAACUUUACGCUGUCGGAAAUAAAUGACACCAAUUCAUUUAUACAGCACGAAACAGAGGAAAUCAUAAACAGCGAGAUCAAGACUUUUAUACUGCACAUACUGAAUUAUUUUUCCUCUUAUGUGAGCUGGGCUCAGCGUGUUAUCAUGGGACAAUUGGGUCGUUGCGGCCCUGUAGCCUGGGCACUGGACAGCAUGAAUACCGUUGUCUGCAAUUACCUUGUUGAUUCUUUGAAUGCCUUCUGGUUCAGUCUGGCCUGGUGCACAAUCUUUCUGUUGCCAAGUAUCAUCUUGGCUGUGCGGCUUGCCAAGUUUUAUCGUCGAAUGAGCGUCGAUGACAUAUAUCAGGAUGAGAUUGAGAUUAUCGAAAACUUUGAACUGUCAAGGCAAAACACAUUCAAAAUGCCCCGGGCUGAGCUGAAGAAAUAACUUUUUUUCCCCCAGCAUUCCAUCUCUGAGCUGCUAUGAAGACAGCAAUGGUCUAGAGAAUUCUUGGGUUUCUCUUCACAUUGUGCAAUGUGUGGAUCUUUGCCACAAUUUUUCCCUGAACAAGUUUGUAAGAUGGCAGUAACUUUUCCCCUACAAAAGAGACUACUGUGCCAUAAGCUCUGUCACAGAGAAGUGUAGUAUGGCUGUACGCUCAGGGUAUCAACAGGGUUGUGCUCUGUUAUAGAGAUUAGGCUUGCAGUCUUAAUGCUGUCCAUACUCAAGAGGCUGCAUUCUACUGAAUUACUAUACAGAUCUCCAAUAUAUAGCAAAACAUCCUUACAGUAAUACUUUGACCCUCAGCAGAUUUAGAAAUUUUUGCUGUAUUAAGCUGAAUUGCAAAUAGUGCCUUGCUGGAUACCUACUCCAUACCUACUCUAAAGGUUAAUACUCUGGAAGAGAAAGCAAAUAUGAGCCAUAAUGAAAUACUACUGAGCAGUUCUGUAUCAGGAAGAAAGAAUUGCCUUAAAUUUUAUCUAGAGCACUUUGAAGAGUUUGUCUUGUGCUUCAGUACAUCAUUGCAAUCUACAGAUGUAUGUUUCUCUCUUUUCCCCUUCCUCACAUUCUCCAAUACUUGAUUUGCAUAUUUUGGGCAUUUAUCUCCUCCCCAAUAAUACUGAACCAUGAAUUUGUCAGAAAUGUGAUUCUCAUGAGAAUGGGGGAAAUUCUCUCAUCAGGUGAAUAGAAUUAGUAAUAUUUAUUAUGAAAUUAGUAAUAGGAAUGAAUGCAUUUAGAUUAAUGCAAAAUGAAUAAUGAAAAGAUGAUACGAUAACCAUUUGGAAGAGGAACAACACGAGGAUUCUAUUCCUUUUAGAUUAGUCUUGUCUGAUCUGUGGCACUCCAGAUGUGUGACAUAAUUCCUAGUCAGUAUUAGAAAUUUGAAGUUUAGGGAAAGACUGGACUAGUAGCAGAUAAUACAGGUAGUCCUCAACUUACAACA